AUGAAGCCAGUCGUGUCAGCAGGAAAAGCAUGGUUCUGUACUAUUCUAUCAGCAUUUGGCGUGAUAAUUUUAUCCGUUAUAGCUCAUCUUUUCAACACUAAUCACGAAUCGUUUGUCGGUUCUAUUAAUGAUCCAGAAGAUGGACCAGCUGUUGCUCACACGGUAUACUUAGCUGCACUGGUAUACCUAUGCUUCUUCGUAUUCUGUGGUUUCCAAUUAUAUGUAGGAAGGAAGAAACCUUCCAUUGAAUUGCGUUGA